AUGGCAGCUGUUCCCAAAGACUUGGUUGGGACUACUGGAACUACAUAUCAAUACAAAAAACAGCUCCAAGAGAGAGAACGCUUUGGCCGUGUUUGGUUAGCAACCAGCGGACAAGAUCGGUACAUCUUGAAAGACAUUCCUGAACUUAUAUUCGACCAUUUCAACGAAGAGAUUCGACCCAACCUCCGUGAUAGUCCCUUCAUACGACUACCAGUGGACACUAUCCCUAAUAAGCAUAUCUUCAUUUCUAUGCAUGUUACAAAGAAAAUCCUUAAGGACAGUCUCAGAGGACUCGUUGAACUGCACAGCCAAGAUAUCAUACACCUGGACAUUAAGGCAGAUAACAUCAUGGUUGACUACCAUCAUGACAAAGAAAAAAUGAUAGUUGAGAAGGUUCAACUCACUGACCUUGACAACGCGGCCUAUCUUCCUAAUAGCAGGUACAUCAAAGGGAUGUUAGCCGGCAACGAAAACUGGCGUAGUCCUGAAGCAUUUUUCAAAAGCAAAAUCAGCAAGCCAGCAGAUAUGUUCUCUUUUGGGAUAGUUUGUAUCUAUGCCGUUCUUGGUCGUGUGAUAUUCGGACCGGACGCCGAUCUUGAGAAGCAUGAAGAGCUGGGCGCAUUGCCUGGCAUGAUUCGAUUACAGCGGCAGGUUUCCUAUUUUGGAGAUCAGGAAGGACUCAAUCGUCUGAAGACGCACCUCGGCGACGACGAAAUCAGUCUCAUAGUUUUGACUAUGCUUUGGGAGGAUCGGCAUGAGCCCUACAUCCCAUAUAAACCAUUCGCAGAGUGGCUUGACCGAAUCACAGCUCAACAAGCAUUAGAGCAUCCAUGGUUCAAGGACGUUUAG